CGGUUCUCAAAUCCAGGCAGUCCCAACCUGACCUCCAAGCACCAAGGAACCCCUGACUGGGAAAUCUGGAGAGAGAAAUCACCAAAAAGAAAACAACAAAAACUUUGUGUCAUUAUUUUUGGCGAGUGUUCACACUGUAGCCCUCCCCCCCCCCCCCACCUCCCUCCCCACCACCACUUCCACACCGGUUUGUCGCGUCAUUUGGACUAUAUAUUUUUCCUGGAGGAGAGACAUUCACGGGAAGAAGGAAAAAGCUGGUGCACCACCACCACCACCUCCUGUCCCACCCAUGUUGUAGUUUCUUCGUUCUUCUUUUCUUCCAGUUGCCUUUUGCACUCUGGCGAGGAGGUGAUCUGAAUCUCUGGGGUUGUGUUGUUGUUUUGUGUGCCUCUCUCAGAGCCUCAGAGCCCGUGUGGAUGCGCUGAGAGAGCGGGGCGCAGCGCUGCGGUACAGUAUAUGGAAGUUGUGGGCUGCAAGAGAGAGGCAGGCAGUUGCACGUUGCGUCCAGGACCGGGAGCCAUGCUUUUCCACGGGAUCUCCGGGGAUCACAUCCAAGGGAUCAUGGAAGAGAUGGAGAGAAGGUCGAAAACGGAUUCGCGUCUGGCGAAGGGCAUGCAGCUCAACGGGAGAGAGUCGACCAUGCCUUCCAUGAGCCCGGAGAAGCCUGCUCUGUGUGCCGGCUGUGGCGGAAAGAUUUCGGAUAGAUACUACCUCCUGGCCGUGGACAAACAGUGGCACCUGCGGUGCCUCAAAUGCUGUGAAUGUAAACUAGCGCUGGAAUCGGAGCUAACGUGUUUUGCCAAGGAUGGGAGUAUCUAUUGCAAGGAGGAUUACUACAGAAGGUUCUCCGUGCAGAGGUGCGCGCGCUGCCACCUCGGGAUAUCGGCCUCGGAGAUGGUGAUGCGGGCGCGCGACUCCGUGUACCACCUGAGCUGCUUCACGUGCACCACCUGCAACAAGACUCUGACCACGGGCGACCACUUCGGCAUGAAGGACAGCCUGGUGUACUGCCGGCUCCACUUCGAGACGCUGGUGCAGGGACCGGACUACCACCAACAGCUCAACUUCGCUGAGCUGGCAGCGAAGGGCGGCGGCCUGUCCCUACCUUACUUCAACGGCACCGGUACGGCACAGAAGGGAAGGCCGCGCAAGAGGAAGAGCCCGGCCAUGGGGAUAGAUAUACCUAGCUACAACACAGGCUGUAACGAGAACGACACCGACCACUUGGACCGGGACCAGCAGGCCUACGCUCCAACUCAGAAGACCAAACGCAUGCGGACCUCCUUUAAGCACCAUCAGCUGCGGACAAUGAAAUCCUACUUUGCCAUCAACCACAACCCAGAUGCCAAGGACUUAAAGCAGCUGGCCCAGAAGACAGGCCUCACUAAGAGAGUUCUACAGUGACACCUUUAAAUCUACCAGAGACAGCUCCUUGGAACAGAAAGUGCUGUACUGUGUACACAAACAAGAACAACAAGAGCAAGAACAGAAGCGACCACAUUAAAACACAAGGAAAUCAUUUUAAUGUGUAGCAUUUGAAACAACAUGGCAGCCGUGUCUGUAGUUGACUUACAGUAUGCAGAGAUUGAUUUUGGGCGGGACAUUUUUGACAUUGACGGCAUUACAAAAUUGUCAUGGAUCAAUUCAUUGAAAGAAAAAAAAAAACUAAACUUGAAGCUUGUCUGGAAAACUAGAUUUUUACUCUUUAUUUGUAUAUUUGUAUUGAAUUAUGAUAAAAAAGCCCUUCUUAAUUUAUGGUUAAUUGGUAAAUUUAAAAAAAUAAUAUGAAUAUUUUGCCCUUGGUAACCUGUAUAUGUAUGCACUGUGUUCGCACUAUCCAAUUUAAAUAUAUUUCUUUUCUGUUUUUGGAAUAAUCUGGGAAGUAAACUUGUAGAAUGUUCUGUAUAUGGGUAACCCCAGAAAACAGGCUUUAAUUAUUUCCGAAUGUUUCAGUCUUUAAGACUGAGUUGGAUGGAAUCAGACAUUGAGAUAUCUCAGAGAGCUACAUGUAAAUCGUCUAAAUUGCAUUUUAAGCACCUACCCAUCGCAGCUUAUAUGGCAGAUAGCUGCUGAAACAACAUACGUUUUAUGUCUUGAUUUACAAAUCUACUGUGAUAAAGAGAAAGAAGCUAAUCCUACAAUCUGUACAGUGGUAACUGUUCAACAUGUAAUGCAGUCACAUUGAUAGAAAUGGUUUGAUAAUUAGAAAUCAGCAGGACAAAUUCAGAUUGGAGAACAGUUUAUGCACGCUGCUGCAAUCGAUUGUUUUCAUGACAGAGCACUUUUUCAGAUUUGCUGGCCUCAUAGAUUAACCGUCGUCAGAUGGAUAAAUCCUAGAUAACAUACAUAUUCAUUGAUCCACAGCUAAACUCAAUUGCACAGUGACAAUAUACUGCCCAGUGAAAAGUGCAUUAUUGUUUUUAUCAUGUUGCUCAGGGUAACGAUGUGAUUUUAAAAAAGGGAAAAGGAGUAGGGGUGAGAAAUUAAGUGGUUGCGACGUUUCAGACUAGAUUUGUAGAGCUGACAUGAGCGUUCAAAUGACCUCAGAAAGGUGGAGUCGUAACAGGCAGCCAGUGGGAAAUCAUUGUUCAUGUGUUCUCCUUUUUGGCCAUAUUUAUACUUUCUUUAAUGACACUUGCCACUGAACAGACCAAAAACAUGUUUCUUCUGGCUGAAAGAUAGAGAGAAAAGAGAGAGCAAAUCUUCAACGGAGUUGAUACAUUUCAUUGUGAGCGUCACAAUUUGUUCUAUUGUAGAACAAAGUGGUACUCUAGAUCUACUUAAUGAAGUAGAUGCCUAACUCAGUUCUACUAUGUGCCUUAUGCUAUAACUUGGGAGAAAGUUUGUGAAAUUCAGGAUAUAUGUGUUCUUUGUUAACUGAUUCACAUCCUUUUGACGCCUCACUAGUUUUGUACUGUUUUGCAUCUUAUUUCCGAAGAUCUUUUUAUGGUGUAUCCUGUUAAAAAGGGGGCAGCGAUGUCAUAGAAAGCAUUUGUGCACUCUUUCAGAUAUAGUUGGGUAAUCCAAGAACCUUAUAUAUUGAUCUUCGUGUUAAUAGUUGAGUACAGUAAGUGUUCUAUCAAGAUUGUCCAUGUUUCCCUGUUUCUUGAUAAAGAUGGUGUAUAGAAACUAUUUCCCCUUAAAUAUUUAUGGACCAAACGGUUGUUAUAUAUCUUAUUAAAUUUGUGUGAAUAAAAUACUUUGCUUUAAA